GAUAAUGAAAUAGACCAACUUGGUCUAUGUCUUGUGAAUGAAACAACUGCUAAAGAGCUCAUCCCCCCGGUGGGACCAAGGCUCAAGUUCUUAUUGAAAUUGAAAGAGCUUCAGACAUCAAGCACCAUGCAUGAAUCUGAUGAUGACAUUGAUGAGCAGCCAAGCACGAGUACUAUAGGACCCAAGAUGCCAAAGUCCAACAAUGCACCAAGCCAUGACAAGAAACGUGAAGUGCCCAUGAGUGCCUCUGGUACUCAGUCCAGCUUAAACAACAUUGGAGCCAAGAGGCCAAAGUGUGACUUUGACAUGGCAGAUAUUUUAUUGAAGCGGCAGAAUGGAGAGAAGCUGGUGAAGGAAUUAGAAGAAGGAUGCCUUAGUUACAUGUCUCGUAAAGAUAUUGUCAAGACGUUGGUAUCCCACCUCAUGACCCAGUAUGGAGACAGACCAUCAAAGGAUGUAAAAGUGGCAAUGGCAAAAGCUAUUGUAAGUCAGUUCCCAAUGAUGAACAACAAGGAAGGUGAUGCACAUCUGACCUGGUUUUCUCCUUCACAAGUGAUGGAAAAUGGGAAAAAAAAGGAUUCCUCAGGUUACCUUGAAGUCCGACUGCGUAAUGUGAGAAACAGGUCAACAGUGAAAAUUGGACCAAUGUCUAGUUCAACGAAGCCACAUCGAGUCCUUACCAGCACAGCAAAGUUGAAUCUAUCAAAAGGUGGUGAUGUAGAAGAUAUUGAUGGGAAAAUAAAGUGGCUGAAACACCACACAGAGCCAAAACAGCAAGUGAAAACUUGGAUGCAAGAAACAUGCACAGCACGGGCCUCAUUUAUCCGGGAAAACAAAGUCCUUCCUGCAAAGGAUCUUCUUGAAAGAUUUCCACGUCUUAUUGACAGUGAUGGCAUGGUGGAUCAGGACUUCCGAAUCCUGUUCCCGAAGUCAGCUGAUGCCUUGUUCGUGAAAUGGCCAAAGUACAUUGACCUCAUCUUGAAAUAUGCUGAAAAGCAGAACUUUGAGCAGCACUUGCGAUGCGAGGAAGCCAAAACUGAUGCAGAGAAAUGUAACCUGUCCUUUUUGGUUCUUCCCUUUCUAUUUCCACCCGGCCAAAUCAGAGGAAGUAAGUCUUCCAAAAGCAGAUAUGUUCGUGCAACUGUUCAGGAAGCAAGUGCUUCAUUCAUACAACGAAGAGAAGUGAGUAUUGCUUUCUAUACUGUACAAGGUGGCCCGGAAAAAGUGGCAGUCUAUUUUUGAU